UUCGCCAAUCUCUAAUUAUUUUGUGAAUUUAGGUACCUAUAUUCGUUUCGAUUUUUCCUAUAGGUAUGCUCUAAACGAUUAUUGACUUAAGAAAUUAGUGAAGUCUGGUCAAGAUUAUUUGACCACCGACCCUUUCUCAGUGGUGAAAUAAAAUUCAUGUUAAGAGAAUUUGAGGAAAAACGAGGUGAUAGAGAAGUUGAAAACUUGUUUGCAAUCGUAGAAAACUUAACGGAAAUCAAAGACACACAAGUAGAAAGAAUAUCAAAGAAUUCAAUUGCAGCACUACCUGUGUUAGCAGAAAAAUUGGAGCAGGCAUUAAAACUUUCCGACCAAAUUGAAAAAGAUUACCUGGAACUACAAAAGAUUAAUAAAGAAAAGAAAGCUAAGAACUUUGAGAAAAGACAGAAGGAAUGGGAUCAGUUUAUUGAUGAUAUGAACUUCAAGUGCCAAAGAAUUGAUAAUACAUUUGAAGAAAAAGAAGAGGAACUUAGAGACUUGUAUGCUGACCUAAACCACAAGUUAAAUAUAACUAACAAAUAAACAUGGAUCUCCUAGGCUCACUCAU